GCCCGCAGUCAUGGACGAGAUGGACCUGCCCCAGAUGAAGAAGGAGGUGGAGAGCCUGAAGUACCAGCUGGCCUUCAAGAGAGAGAAGUCCUCCAAAACAGUGACAGAUCUGGUGAAGUGGAUUGAGGAAGGUGUUCCCGAGGACCCCUUCCUGAACCCAGAGCUGAUGAAGAACAACCCCUGGGUGGAGAAAGGAAAGUGUCUCCUGCUCUAGAGGAGCUCCCUCCUGCUGUGACCCCUGACCCCUGACCCCUCACCCCUCUGCCUGCCAGGGCGCGGCAGGACAGUGCCCCUAUUUCACCGUGAAUGUACAACAGCUAACGUGCCCCCCACCCCCCCACCCCCCCGCACACUAGCACUAUAUAAACUCCAUAAGGCUGGACACUGACAGCUCUGCCAUUGCAAUGCAUCACUGAUAUGAUACUACUUGUUUGUAAAUGUAAAUGGUAUAUUUAUGCAGCCGCCAGCCACAUGCUUCCAUUGCUUUGCGUUUCUCCAGCGUGCGUCGUGGGUCGAAGAUGCAGCCUGGCUUGUGGUCACGAGGGCGGGGCUCUGUGCUCGUGGUUACGAGGGCGGGGCUCUGGGCUCGUGGUCACGAGGGCGGGGCUCUGGGUUUGAGACAGAUGGUGCUCAUUGGUCAGACAGCUUCUCUGGUGUGUCUGGGUGUCACCUCAUCCGCUACACUCUGUUACAAAAACAUUGUAUGCCUACAGGCAACACACACUGGCACAAACACACACCCACACACUCACAACAAACCCACAUUCACACACUUAUCAACGCACACACCUAGACACCUAUGAACACACACAAACACACACUACAAACACGCACCCACUCAUCUGACACAUGUACAGACGACAACCCCCACCCCGCCCUUUAACUUAUUAAAUUAUUCGAUCCUAUUUUAUUUAUUUAUUUAUUUAUUGAUACCUCUUUCAUGGGCGGUGCUGACUCUUCGGGCGGCCAUGUUGUUUUCUAUGUCUGCACCUCCUCUUCCUCCUGAAAAAAAAGGAAAAAAAACAUGUUCUCCACCUAGCCAGUUCACCAUCUUAUACUGCCUUGUACACAGUUUCCUUAAAGAGAAUGUAAAUGUGUGGCAUGAGAUUAGACUAUAUCACCAUUGACCACCCCUUUGGCCUGUGUGUGUGUGUGCGUGUGUGUGUGUGAGAGGUGGGUUUCUGGGUGAAAGGUCACACACACGCACACUCAGGGCAAGGUCAAAGGUCAGAUCAAUAGCACACUGUCUACUGAGGAGGUGUGCGGCUCAAGGCAAGGAUGCGGGUGUGUUUAUUACUACAGUAACUUUACUAGUCUGGUUUGUUUUAUAUACAGUACGUAUGUAUAUUAUUUAAAAAGUUGUCUAAUUAUCUAGCAAUGUACCUGUGGGACUGCUCUGAGAAAAUAUGCAUCAGAUCAAGUACUAGUUUAAUGAUGAUGAGCAAUAAAUAAGUGAUCAUUUUUUAUUGAAUGUUUUACAACAACAAAAAACAUUUAUCUUAUUGAAUAAAGUAGAGGAUUUUUAGACA